AUGACCGUUUAUGUCCUGAUAGCGACGUUGCUUGAUUUUAGUGGAGCAACAGCUGAUAAAGUCACAGUAAGAGCUGGAACAAGUACUUUACAAACUGGAGGAACAUUAGUAAAAGCAAAGAGAAUCAUAAUUCAUCCUCAAUAUAAUAGAAGAAAUCUAGAUAAAGAUGCAGCUUUAAUAAACUUAGAUUCUCCUUUGCCAUUAAACGGCGGAUCAAUUCGCGCAGCGCGAUUAAUAAAUUCUGGAGCUAUUGUAUUACCUGGCAGGUUGCUCACUGCUUCUGGAUGGGGAUACAUACGGCCUGAUAUAGCAACGUUUUCGCAAAAGCUUCAAGCAGUAGCAGUUCCAGUUGUAGAUAACUUGACUUGCAAAGAACUAUAUAGUACACGUUAUGUAGUCACAGAUAACAUGCUCUGUGCAGGAUAUCUUGAUGGAGGAAAGGACGCAUGCACUGGAGAUGCAGGAGGCCCACUUGUGGAUAGCAAUAGGACCCUGGUCGGUAUCGUCUCCUGGGGAGACGGUUGCGCCAGGUCUUUCAGUCCUGGUGUUUAUACCCGAAUUUCCUCCGCCAGCGUUAGAGAUUUUAUACGCACUAACUCCGGAGUUUAG